AUGAAGGAGCCUGAGGCCGAGUUGCCCAGUCCAAGGGAGGCACCUUCAGAAGCAGAGGCUGAGGUCGCAGCAUGGCGAGCGCAGUGGGCCUCACUGAAGGAGGAGGCCGGCGAAUACGAGGAGGGCUCCUGGGAUGAGAGGUUUGCCUGCCAUGAUUCAGACCAAGCUCUAGAGAAUUGGGCCAACAAUCUGUGGGCCGGUCUCGCCGAUCUGCGGGCCAGCGUCAAGCGAUUGCAGACCCCGGAAAGUUCUGGGCCCUCCCAGGGUCAGACGGCGCAGGACGUCCAGCGAUCUUUCCAAAGCUUCAAGGUCGAGCAGAGCCAGGCCUUCGAGCGUCUCCUUGGUGAGCAGCAGCUCCUGGAGGAUGCGCUGGCCUCCCUGGGGAAGCGCUUCGACAGCUGGGUAGGAGAGUCGCCUUCCAUGCGGCAGAGGACCGGAUCGCGCUCCAAGGAGAACCUGAAUGAUUCCGAUGAUCCACGAGGCAAUGCAUUCCUCGAGGACCCCGAGCUGCUGCAGCUGAAGACGGAGCUUCGGGAGCUGGAGGCGGUCGAGGUGCAGGAACCCUCUUAUGGCGGCUGGGCGGAGACGGACCACCAGGUCUUCGUUCGGAUCCUGCGAGUCUUUCGGAUGCAGGCAACGUCGCAGUGCUACGCUCGUUUGGCUUUUCAGUUUCCGGACUUGUCUGAGGCUGCUCUGGCAGAUCAUGUGAAAUGGUACAGUGACCAUCAGGCGCGGCAGGCGAGGCGACGCAUGCUCUUGGCACGAUGGCGGGAGCGCCGGUCCUUCUUAUCCUCGCAGAGCCGAGCCAACGAAAAACGCAACCAGGCACCCGUUCGAGCUCCGACCUCGGUCCCAGCAGCAGAUGAAGAAAAAGGCUCUUCCAACAAAUUCCGAAGUCAGAAUGAGACUGUCGUGACUUGA